CCAGUACGCAGGAGCCAGGCAGCGUCCUUUCGGCGCGUUCUCCUUUUGCUUUAGUGACCGUUUUGAAGAGUUUGUCUGACUUUUAUAGACAAAAGCAGAUAUAUAUAUAUAUAUUCUCAAGCUUUUGAGCCCGGACUCCUUACUGAGCUCCCGUGAAUAUGGCUGCCAGAAAGGCUUCCGUUGUUCACAAAGCACCCGCUCAGAAGGCAUCCAAAACUCUCGCAAAGGACGACGAUGACGCAUGGGACGCGACUGAUGGCUUGGACGACUCUUUCCAUUUGAAAUCCACUUCGGAUCAUCAUCACCACCAUCAUCAUCCUCAUCAACUGGUCCUCACAGAGGCUGAGCUGAAAGAGGAAAUUACAAGAGUUCUAAAUGCAAACAACCCACACGCUCCCAAAAAUCUUGUUCGCUACAGCUUCAAGGAACGUUUCUAUAAGCCAGUGACUGCUGUGGAUCACUUGGCGGUCCACUUUGCUUUGGAGGGAAACCUAUUAGAUAAAGAUUCUGAUGAAGCUCGAAGACUUAGCAUCGUUCAGCUACCUCCGGGGUUUGUACCAGGGGAGAGUAAAGUAGAGGAUCACGCUGAAACCCCGAAGUCUACACCUAUGGAGGAUGGAGGCGAAAGUGAAGAAACUGGAGAUGAGGACAAACCACGUGGUGGUUCCUCAAGACGUCGCAAGAGGGAGCCAAAAAUUACAAAUCAAUUCAACUUCAGUGAAAGGGCAGGACAGACUCGCAAUAAUCCUUCAAGGGAAAGAAGCUGCCAAACUGAACCUCCUCCCCGCAUCACCUUUUCUGACUCUGCUAAUCAGUGGGAGAUCUACGAUGCAUACAUGCACAAACUGCAGCACCAUGACACAAUUGAAAAGAAAAGGAGAUCCACAGUGGUGAAAAAAGAUGAAUUUGAAGUCAAGAAAAAGUUACUGGACUCUGGGAAUGAGGAAGUUGCUAAAGUGGGCGAAGUAGCCAAGAUUAUUGAACGAAUGGUCAUCCAAAAUACAAUGGACGACAUAGCACAAGAUUUUAAGUACUUUGAGGAUGCCUCAGAUGAGUUCAGAGACCAGGAGGGAACUCUUCUGCCUUUGUGGACGUUUCAGUAUGAAAAAGCCAGGCAUUUGGCUGUCACUGCCCUCUGCUGGAAUAACAAAUACCAGGACCUGUUUGCUGUGGGAUUGGGAUCAUAUGACUUCGGUAAACAGGAGGGUGGCAUGCUGCUCUUCUUCUCAUUGAAGAACUCGGCUUUUCCAGAGCACAUCUACUCCACGGGCUCUGGGAUCCUCUGCCUGGACAUCCAUCCACAACUCUCGUAUUUGGUGGCAGUGGGUUUCUACGAUGGCUGUGUGGCUGUUUACAACUUGAAGGAGACAACAAAAGACCCUGUCUACAAGAGUAACGCAAGCACCGGAAAGCACUCAGAUCCUGUCUGGCAGGUGCGCUGGCAAAACGAUGACAUGGACAACAACCAUAUGUUUUGUUCUGUGUCAUCUGAUGGCAGAGUUGUGACCUGGACACUUGUCAAGAAUGAGCUAAUGUCAUCGGACAUUAUCAGACUGUCUGUGAAAGGUGAUCCAUCUGAUGGGUCAGAUGGUUCACAGCUGACUGUCAUCUCUCGUGGUACAUCCCUCGACUUCCACAAACAGAUUGAUUAUCUGUUCUUAGUUGGCACAGAAGAGGGGAAAAUAUAUAAGUGCUCUAAGACUUACUCCAGUCAGUUCCUAGAGACAUAUGAUGCCCAUCGUAUGCCAGUGGAUACCGUAAAGUGGAACCACUUCCAUCCCAAACUUUUUAUUUCUUGCAGUUCAGACUGGAAUGUGAAGAUCUGGGACCACACCGUCAAGACUCCGAUGUUCACCUUCGACCUUGGCUCACCCGUUGGAGAUGUUUGCUGGGCUCCUUACUCCUCCACUAUAUUCGCUGCUGUAACAAUAGACAGAAAGGUUCACGUCUUUGACCUGAGUAUCAACAAAUUUGAAGGUAUCUGCCAUCAGAUAGUGGUUGCCAAGAAGAUCCGGCUGACUCACAUUGAAUUUAAUCCCAUCCAUCCUAUCAUCAUUGUGGGGGAUGACCGGGGGACUGUGACCAGCCUCAAGCUCUCUCCAAACCUCCGCAAGAAGCCCAAGAGCAAGAAGGGCCAGGAUCUGCCCAAGGGUUCAGAAGCAGAGAUAUUAAAGAUGGACAGGCUGCUCGUCCUGCUGAGAGAACCAGAGCUCGACUGAAGUCACACCGACUCUGCUUCCGCUCAGCUGAUGUGGCUUCUCAUAUGCUGGCUUUUUUUAAAUAUGUGUUUGCAGCAAAUAAAAUGAACAUGUUGCA